UAGUCAAGUUUGUCACAGAACUCACAGCUCACAGACAGAUGUUUUAUAUUUUGAAAUGAAUAUUAAUGUGAUUUUUAAAAAGUAAUACUCGGUAAAUCAUCGUAUUUUAUCCAUAAACGAAUCUAUUCUUGAGGACCAUUUUUGUGAAUAUGGGAUAUCUAUAAGUUGUAUAGUUCAUUCUAGAAAUUUCAUCAAAAUGAAUACCGGCGAUGAAGUGUUGUCUUUUAUGGACCUACUGGAUUUAGACGAAGAAUUAGUCGACAAGCGUCUUAAAACACUUAUGGUAAGAGAUGACCACUCUAAAACUCAUCUUACUUGGGCUAUUCAACUUCUAAAGUACAAGCAAUUGAUAAAUGACAAGGAGGAAAUAGAUUGCGAGAACGACUUGGAAAGUGACUUUGUAGCAAAGUUAAUCAAAGAUGUUAAAGACGAGACUAUUGAAUGUGUGUGUAAGAUAACAAAUAUUGUACUGAGGUUGAAUCCCACUUCUAUAGCAAGUAAAUCAGAACAUUUAUUGCAGCAAAUACUGUCUAACUUUGACCUUAACCCAUCAGAGCUAAUUUGUAAUAUAGAAGAGAACUCUGAAGAUAGUAAUUUACCCAGGCUUGAUUUACAUUUAAAGCUUUGUGACAGUAUACUUGAUGCUGUUAUUGAAAAUAAUGAAAAAUUGUAUUUACCUUUUCUGGAAACACCUUUAGAAAAUAUUCUGCAAAGUAGUAAUGAAAAUCUAAAAACCUAUUUCUUGACAAAUACAGUGCCAAGAUUCUUCGAGGCUGUUACUGGAUAUGCUAUGUUAGACAGAAUAUGGAAUUAUUUACAAAAAUUAAAGAAUGAAUCAAAACAAACCUCUCUAAAGGUUUUAAGCUGUUUAUCAAACUUCUACUUGCCAACAGUUGACAACAAAGGACAGUUAAAAUUUGAAUCUGAAAUAGUUCAUCACCCAGAGUUCUGGAAUGUGAUAUUGCAUGGAAUGAUGUCAAAUGAUGCAAUUUUACACAAAUUUUCAGUUUAUCUUAUGAAACGGUCUAUAGAUUGUAUCUGUAAUAUGAAGGCAAAUGUUGAGGUCAAAUCAGGAGAAACCGUUUUAUUUAUAUGGAAAAUGAAUGAUGAAUACAACAUGAAACAAAUGUGGAACAACUAUUUUAUUUUAAUAGAUAGCUUAGAAGAAAAACAGAGUAAUAUAGUUCUGCCCUCUUUACAGUUAUUUGCAAAACUUAAUAACAUUGGUGAUCAUUGGUUGAACUGUGUGUUUAAUAUGGGCCUUAAACAUGAUAAUGCACAAGUUAGAUUAAAAUGUAUUGAGUAUAGACUGGAUGUAAAGAUCAGCAACACUAAAGAAGCAUAUACUCUCUUAGAGGCCUUAAAUGACUUGAAUUUGUAUGACCAUCCAGAAGAAUAUGAAAAAUUGAAUUUUAAACUAGCUGAGAAAACAAAAGACUUAAAUACAUUUUGUUAUGUUUUUGAAGCAAUGCCUUUACUGAAAUGGUCACCUGUGCCUUUCUUUUAUCUUAGUCGCAUAUUAGCUGGACUAUAUGUAGAAGAUAUUACUAAGGCAAUGCUCCCUGAUAGGGUAACAGAGAUUAUUAAUGAGCUACUUAAAAUACCUUGCAACAAUUUGGCCGCUAGAAAAGCUAUUCAUAUAAAUAUAUCCCAUUUUGUUGGAAGAUCAUGCAUGGGAUUUAAGUGGCAAGAUUACGCAAAUAUAUAUCCUGCAUUUAAAUUUGAUUUGAUGUCAAAUGAGGCAAAGGUCAAGAACCCUCUAUUAUUGGCUAUAAAAAAUAAACUUUCAAUAGAUGAUAACAAAAUGUCCUUUUUCAAACUGGUAGGUGAUUCCCACAUGAAUGUUGAUUUUGGAUUAUUAUACCUAGAUAACCAUUACGAAGAUUUACCACUGUUUCUCGAAAUAAUAAAUGAUAAAAUAUCAAGAAUAAAUGAUAUUGCCAACAGACAGUAUUCAAAUAAAAUUGACUGCUUCAAUGAAGCAAGUUACAUAUCACAUCUCUACCGAAAAACUGUUGACAAAGAAAAUAUAACCAGAGAAACUAUAAAUACAAUGAUAGCUAGAGAAAUAAAGACAAUGAUACAUUAUGUUACGACUCUAAUUGUAAAUGAGGUCAUAUUAACAAUAGAUGAAUGCAAACUGUUUUUUAGAGAAUUUAAUUCAUUGCUACAGUGUGAUGCUAAUGAUGAUUUAAAAGAUAUUCUAUUACAGUUGUACAAAACUUCAGUUGUAGUUUUAAAAAAUAAAGGAUCUGAUUUAAAUAGUAAGGUAUUAUGUACAUUUAUUGUGGCAAAUAUGGCUAGUAAUUUGCUAUUGAAAAGUAACUACAAACAUGAAAUGUUUGAUCUUAAGGGAAUCUUAGAAAUAGUAACCAAAUUUGAAUUUGGUGAAAACAAAAGCAAGGAAAGCAAUGGUAGAUUAAAAAAUAUAAUAUAUGAAAAAUCAUGUGAAAUAAUUCAUUAUUUAAUUGAAGAUAAAAACGACGCUAAAAGAAAUUUAAAACAAAUCGACGAGUUUGUGGAAAAUGUUAUUGAAUGUGGUGGAUAUGGCUGUCUCAAGUGGACAUUAAGAAUUGUUAAUAAAUUAUUACCUCUUCUAUCAGAAGAGACUGUAAAUUUUAAUGUGACGCAGUUUAUAAAUAACGCGUGGAGGGAAAUAGAAGAACUGAAAUCAAAUAAUCAGUAUGCACCAUGCAUGAAAGAGUUCAUUGGUUUGAUAACUCAAGAUGUUCUCUUAAAGAAUUCAACUUACAAUAAUAUCAUCCUGUUCUAUUGCAAUAAAGUCGUUGAAUAUGGUCCAAUGAAAAACACGCCGCUGUAUUUCUUAGUCAGGACAUUGAACUCUAAGGAUAUAAAUUCUGAUUAUGGUCAGAUAGUUUAUAUACUAUGUGAAAUGUUGCUGUUUUCACCAGUACCGAGGAAAGACCAAAGGAUAGCUGAAAACGUCGCUGUGGACAUUCUCCAUAACCCGGAAUAUGCAGUGAAUCAAGACGAGACGGGCAUACACUUCAACUUCCAAAUACAAUUCAACCUUAUCAUAAUCCUUUGCAAGAUCUCUGAUCCUGAAAUUAUCAGAGUAGUUUCGGACUUGAUCAUUGAGAAAAUUAACAAGAUGCUGGUAAACAAAUGCAUGUACCACGGCCACUCCCAGCCGCAUAGGACUCUGAUGAACGCCGUACAGCAUCUAUUGCUGAUAUUGGUGUCCAAACCGAAAGGCGUGGAUUUCUCAAAAAUAGCCGAUUGGUGCAUGAGCUUGCUGGGCAGGAUGCCUCAUCAGCCAAGCGUUAGGAUCUGUUUGGAGUGGUAUACCGCAUUGUAUUUAUACAUGAAGCAUCCUAAAAUGGACCAGGAGGUACUCAGUAUUCUUAAAUCCAAGAAAAUUCCGCUUGCAUCCCAACUAUUGAUUCUGUACUGGAUUUUAAAACACAAAAUUUCAAACAGCACUUGUAAAUCAGGGGAGUUCGAGUAUGUCAUGGCGACCCUGUUAUCCCACACAAUGGGACAAGUGUUCAGUAUACGGCUCCAGUCUCAAUACCUUGCUUCGAAACUUUACCAAUUGUGCAACAAUAAACCCCUAGAAUACGGAUGUGUAUUCAAUAUCAUCGAAAGUACGUUCGCCGACAGCAGAAAAGACAAGAACUUCCUAAAGCUCCAAAAUGAUUACUUUGCUAAUGAGUUUGAUAUAAUUCGGAAUUUGACUCCUUGUUUUAUAUAUUACUUUGUGCCGAGAUACUGCGAAGUCAGUAAUAACGAAAAUGUCGAUGUAGACUACGUGAGAACUGUUCUAGAUAAUGUGAAAAGUCUAUUAUUGGACGGAAAAUAUGACGAUGACUUUAGAAAGGAAUGGAUAGCAAGUUGCAUAUCAGAUGAUGAGGUAUUCAAUUUGAAAUUGUCGAAGAAUACGGAGGUCCAUGAAGUUGCAGUGAAUGCUGAAGUGGGAACGAUCCAGAAGAAAUAUGUGCCUUGGAAAAACAUGAGUGAUAUAGAUGUUUAUGAGAUCAAUAAAAAGAGAGAAAGCCCUAGUGACUUGAUAGUGGUAGCAUCCCUCAUCGACAAAUUACCGAAUUUGGGAGGCAUGGCUCGCACCAGCGAAGUGUUCGGCGUGAAGACCUACGUUGUGGACAGUUUGCGGCAUUUGCAGGACAAACAGUUCCAAGGGCUGAGUGUAUCCGCGGAGCGGUGGGUCGACAUCGAGGAAGUGCGGCCUGGCGCCCCCCUCAAGGAGUACCUGAUUCGGAAGAAGUCCGAGGGAUACUCUGUUGUAGCAGCUGAACAAACCUCCUCCAGUUGUCAGUUACAGUCGUUCAAGUUUCCCAGGAAAACCUUACUCCUCUUAGGACACGAAAAAGAGGGAAUUCCAUGCGAUCUACUACCCAUGAUGGAUUUCUGUGUGGAAAUACCGCAACAGGGGUUCGUGAGGUCUCUCAACGUGCACGUCACGGCCGCCAUAUUUGUUUGGGAGUAUGCGAGGCAAAACUUCCUAUGAUGGAAUAGACUAAUGGACUACUAAAACCGGUAAAUUUAGCUGCAGCGCGGCGCGGCUUUGGCCAUGAUAUCAUACAUAUAAUUGUUCAUUAUAAGGUAAAUAAAAAAUGUUGUUUUGUGUUUCAAA